AGACUGUAAGGUGUAUAUACGUCUCACAGCGGUGCCAUCUCGUCUGCGGGCUGCUACGUUCAGCUUCUCCUCUCCCUUCUUCCCUACAAGUAUCCUCUCCGGCGGCUUCUCUGCACUGUUGUUUCUUUCCACACCCUGCGCAGCACCACCAUGACGUUCCUUUCGUUUCACGGUUUUAGCGACUUCUUCGUCUUCGUGGCGAGCGUGCUAAUGGGCAUCAGCUUGAUUAUGGGUCCGAAUACGGUGAACUCGGCCCCUAGCUUCAUGCUGAACUACUUCCAGUACAUCUACCAGGACGAGAACGCCGUUUCGACCCAUUCAUAUUUUUGGGCCAACGUGCUGACCUUCUACGGCGUAGUGACACAGAUCACGCAGAUGCUGUUGGAGCCGACCAACCUGACUCGCUUCUUCCAGCGCUUCUCCCUCCUCUUCCGUCUUGAGGCGGCGACGAUGCUGAUGUUGGUGGAGCUGCUGAUGGUGGUGAUCAUGCCGCACACGUGCCGCUCCGAGAGCGGUGCCAUGGCUGGCCUAAUGCUUGCCGCCUUUAUUGGCGGUGUGGGCCGCGCCUACUUUGAGAACACGUGCUACGCCCUGUAUGGCCCCUUCCCGCCCAAGUACCUGGCCGGUGUCAUGAUCGGCGUGCCCUUAUCCGGUGUGAUUGUGUCAGUCCUGCAGAUCAUCCUGCUGGCGGCGAUGAACGACUCCUACAACUCCAUUCUGACAGAGUCCAUUAUCUACUUCGCCGUCUCGCUGGGCAUCAUCUUCGUGGCGGGUCUGUGCGUCGUGCUGCUGCUCUUCAACUCGUUUGCCCGACGCUACGUCGCGGAGUUCCGCUCCGAGCGCAGCGUGUGGGCGAACAUUUACACCAACGUCAACGAGGAGCCGCAGGUGCUGGAGGCGAUCCACGCGGCCGACCGCACCCUUGCCGACCGCUUGGAGGACUCUAGUAAGUCCACCGGUGGUGCUGCGGCGGAGGGCGUCAACAACGAACCGAUGUCCGGCGCGGCGCAGCUGGACAGCGCGCUGGCGAACAAGGAGAAGAAGCUGGAGGGCGACUUGGACAGCGAGGAGGGUGAGUCGGCGGAGCUGCAGGCGGUGCCGAACAUCACCUCCGCAGAGUUUCUGCAGGAGGUGCGGCUGUGGCCCAUCGUGAAGAAGAUCUGGCCGAUGAUGGUGGCCUGCUGGAUGACCUUCAUGGUGACUUGCCUCAUCUUUCCCGGUGUGCUGAUCGUCGUCGACGCGACGGACAACUGGUACACGACCCUCGUCGUAGCAAUCUACAACUUCGGCGACGUCUUCGGCCGUCUGCUGUCCGUGUGGAAGCGUCUGUGGCCGCCGCGCAGCGCCGUCUUCGUUGCCUCUCUGGUGCGCAUCAUCUUCAUUCCACUGCUGCUGCUGUGCGCCAAGCACGUGAUUACUUCGCACGCUGCCGCGUUCGUGCUCAGUGCGUUGGUGGGUGUCUCGACCGGUUUCAUUGGCACGCUGUCGAUGGUGUACAGUGCAGAGACGCCCGCACUGUCAAGCGAUGCGGAGCGCGCUAGCGCUGGUCAGCUGACCGGCGUGUGCAUACUGGUAGGCUGCUCCUUCGGCUCUCUGCUUCAGCUGGCCGUCGUCCUAGGUCUGUAA